GUCCUGAGCGUGCGCGCACCCAGACGCCUUUGCGGGAGCGAGCGCGUCCCGGAGCCCGCGGCCGGUCGAGCCAGCCUGGGAGACCCGCGGACCCGACAGAGGUGUAUACUUUUGUGUAGAAUACCUGUGGAGAAGAAGCAAUGGAUUCUUUGGAUCACAUGCUGACAGAUCCCCUGGAACUGGGUCCCUGUGGAGAUGGCCAUGGCACACGGAUCAUGGAAGACUGCCUUUUGGGUGGUACCAGGGUUAGUCUGCCUGAAGACCUUCUGGAGGAUCCUGAGAUAUUCUUUGAUGUCGUCAGCCUCUCCACAUGGCAGGAAGUCCUAAGUGAUUCUCAGCGUGAACAUCUCCAGCAGUUUCUGCCUCAGUUUUCCACAGACAAUGUGGAGCAGCAGAAUGAGCUCAUCCUUGCCCUGUUCAGCGGGGAGAACUUCCGCUUUGGAAACCCUCUUCAUAUUGCCCAGAAGCUUUUCCGAGAUGGACACUUUAACCCUGAAGUGGUCAAGUAUCGUCAGCUCUGCUUCAAGUCACAGUACAAGCGGUAUCUCAACUCCCAGCAGCAGUAUUUCCAUCGGCUGCUGAAACAGAUUCUUGCUUCCAGAAGUGAUCUAUUGGAGAUGGCUCGUAGGAGUGGCCCUGCCCUUCCCUUUCGCCACAAGCGCCAUUCACCAUCCCGAAGCCCUGAAGAGCGCGAGUGGCGGACCCAGCAGCGUUACUUGAAGGUCUUGCGGGAAGUGAAGGAGGAGUGUGGUGACACUGCUCUGUCCUCUGAUGAAGAGGCCACGUUGGAUUUACAAGAAAAAUUUUCUUUUGAAGAUCUCAGCUCAUGGCUUCCAAGCUCUCCAGCACGUUCUCCUAGUCCUGCGGUGCCCCUGAGGGUGGUGCCCACGCUUUCCACUACGGAUAUGAAAACUGCAGAUAAAAUAGAGCUGGGGGACAGUGACCUGAAGAUAAUGUUAAAGAAGCACCAUGAGAAGCGGAAACAUCAACCAGAUCACCCAGACCUUUUGACAGGGGACCUGACCCUCAGUGACAUCAUGACUCGAGUAAAUGCUGGCAGGAAGGGCUCUCUAGCAGCCUUAUAUGAUUUGGCUGUUCUUAAAAAAAAGGUGAAGGAAAAAGAAAAGAAGAAGAAAAUAAAAUUGAUUAAAUCUGAGGCAGAAGAUCUGGCUGAUCCUCUAAGCAAUACUGAAGGGGUCCCAGCUCUCUCACAGGCCCCUUCUCCACUGGCAAUAUCGUCUAUCAAGGAAGAGCCCCUGGAAGACAUCAAGCCUUGCCUCGGGAUCAAUGAGCUAUUUUCCAGUUUUUUCUCUCUUCUGUUAGAAAUCUUGCUGGAGGGUCAAGCUAGCCUUCCUGUGCUGGAGGAUCGGGUUUUGGACUGGCAGUCUUCUCCAGCCAGCUCCCUCAACAGCUGGUUCUCUGCUGCCCCCAACUGGGCUGAAUUGGUGUUGCCUGCUCUGCAGUAUCUUGCUGGAGAAAGCCGAGCGGUUCCUUCUAGUUUCUCUCCAUUUGUUGAAUUCAAAGAGAAAACCCAGCAGUGGAAAUUGCUUGUUCAAUCUCAAGAUAAUGAAAAGGAAUUAGCUGCUCUCUUUCACCUGUGGUUAGAAACCAAAGACCAGAUCUUCUGUAAGCAGGAAAAUGAAGACAGCUCAGAUGCCAUGACACCUGUCCCUCGAGUAAGAACUGACUAUGUGGUGCGGCCUAGCACAGGAGAAGAGAAACGGGUGUUUCAAGAGCAGGAGCGUUACAGGUAUAGCCAACCUCAUAAGGCAUUUACCUUUCGCAUGCAUGGCUUUGAGUCUGUGGUGGGGCCAGUGAAGGGUGUGUUUGACAAGGAGACCUCCCUCAACAAGGCUCGUGAACAUUCCCUGCUGCGUUCUGACCGACCUGCCUAUGUCACCAUUCUAUCUCUUGUUCGGGAUGCUGCAGCUCGGCUGCCUAAUGGAGAAGGCACUCGAGCAGAGAUCUGCGAACUGCUCAAGGACUCUCAGUUUCUUGCUCCAGAUGUCACCAGCACUCAGGUGAACACUGUAGUGAGUGGUGCACUAGAUCGACUGCAUUAUGAAAAAGACCCUUGUGUGAAAUAUGACAUUGGACGAAAGCUGUGGAUCUACCUGCAUCGUGACCGGAGUGAGGAAGAGUUUGAACGGAUCCAUCAAGCUCAAGCAGCAGCAGCUAAAGCCAGAAAAGCUCUUCAGCAAAAACCCAAGCCACCCUCCAAGGUGAAGUCCAGUAAUAAGGAGAGCUCAAUGAAGGGUCUUAGUGGCCCUUCUGAGCAAAGCCAGAUGAGCCUCAGUGACUCCAGUAUGCCACCUACCCCAGUUACACCUGUAACCCCCACCACGCCAGCAUUGCCCACCACUCCCAUAUCUCCUCCACCUGUAUCAGCAGUGAACAAAAGUGGCUCUACCACUGUCUCUGAGCCAGCUAAGUCAAGUUCAGGUGUUCUUCUGGUGUCCUCACCAACAAUGCCACAGCUAGGAACGAUGCUUUCCCCAGCUUCCAUCCAGACUCCACCCAGUUCUCAGGCUACUGCUCGGGUUGUAAGCCACUCUAGCUCAGCUGGACUGCCCCAGGUUCGGGUGGUAGCCCAGCCCAGCCUUCCUGCUGUUUCCCAGCAGUCAGUAGGGCCAGCACAGACACUACCACAGAUGCCAGCAGGACCACAGAUUCGUGUGCCAGUCACUGCUACACAAACCAAAGUAGUACCCCAGGCAGUUGUGGCAACUGUUCCAGUCAAGGGGCAAACUGCAGCAGCCUCUGUACAGCGGCCUGGACCUGGGCAGACAGGGCUUACAGUGACAAAUCUCCCUGCUGCAGUCAGCCCAGUGAGCAAGCCAGCCAUGACUUCUCCCGGGAACUCUGCUCCAAGUGCCUCCACGACAGCCGUCAUCCAGAAUGUCACAGGACAGAACAUCAUCAAGCAGGUAUCAAUCACUGGGCAGCUUGGCGUGAAGCCCCAGACAGGCAGCAGCAUUCCACUCACAGCCACUAACUUCCGUAUCCAGGGUAAGGAUGUACUGCGCCUGCCACCCUCUUCCAUCACCACAGACGCCAAGGGCCAGACGGUUUUGAGAAUCACUCCGGACAUGAUGGCCACAUUGGCCAAGUCUCAGGUUACCACAGUCAAAUUGACUCAGGACCUCUUUGGGACAGGAAGUGGCACUGCAGGCAAAGGCAUCUCUGCUACCUUACAUGUCACUUCCAACCCUGUCCAUGCAGCUGACAGCCCUGCCAAGGCCCCUUCAGCCAGUGUUCCUUCAUCAGCUCCAGCAGGUACUACCGUGGUCAAAGUAACUCCUGAUCUCAAGCCAACAGAAACCUCGAAUUCAGCUUUUCGCUUGAUGCCAGCUCUUGGUGUGAGUGUGGCAGAUCAGAAGGGAAAGAACACAGUGGCCUCUUCAGAAGCAAAACCUGCUGCCACAAUCCGCAUUGUGCAGGGUCUGGGAGUGAUGCCUCCUAAAGCAGGCCAGACUAUUACUGUUGCAGCACAUGCAAAGCAAGGAGCCUCUGUCGCUGGUGGGUCUGGAACUGUCCAUUCUUCAACGGUGUCCUUGCCCAGCAUAAAUGCUACUGUGUCUAAGACUGUGGCUGUGGCUUCUGGGGCAACAAGCACCCCCAUCAGCAUUGGGACUGGAGCCCCCACAGUGCGACAGGUCCCUGUUAACACUACAGUUGUGUCCACAUCCCAGUCUGGGAAGCUGCCUACAAGGAUCACAGUUCCUCUCUCUGUGAUUAGCCAGCCAAUGAAGGGCAAGAGUGUCGUUACAGCCCCCAUUAUCAAAGGCAACCUUGGAGCCAAUCUCAGUGGGCUGGGUCGCAACAUCAUCCUCACAACCAUGCCAGCAGGUACUAAGCUCAUUGCUGGCAAUAAGCCAGUGAGUUUCCUCACUGCCCAGCAGUUGCAGCAACUUCAGCAACAAGGUCAGGCCACACAGGUGCGCAUCCAGACUGUUCCCGCAUCCCAUCUCCAACAGGGCACAGCUUCUGGCUCCUCCAAAGCAGUCUCCACUGUUGUUGUGACCACCGCUCCUUCUCCUAAACAAGCACCCGAACAACAGUGACUGAGAAAGAGAGGCAGCUUUAAGAGACCAGGCCUCAUGCAUCUUGGCUAACAGAAAGGGAGCAGGGAAGUUGCUUCAUUCCCCUGAGCUCUCCUGCUUGAGGCAGAGUGGUAGAGGGCUAUGCCAGCUGUGGCCUAGGUUCCGCAGCCUCACCCCAGAAUGAAGCCCUGACGAGGUUCCAUUUUAGGGUUUCAGGGCUGGAGAGAACAUCAAAGGCAUGGGAGGUCACAGUCACAAAAGCCAGAGUUUACCUCCUGAGUGGUGGAUGCCCAGGGAGCAGGCCUUCCAGUUGGGGAGCAGGCCAGCAGCGAAUAAGCCUCAUUCUGCGUGAGGAUUUUACUUUUCUGUUUUCGACCUUGGUGACUUGUCCAGAUGAGUUUUGUGUCGAGAAAAUUUUGUGUAACUUAUUUUUUUAAAAAACUUAUUGUGCAUCUUUUAUCAAAUAGAAAUGUGGGCUUUAGUGCCCCUAAAUUGAUCCCUUACUCCUUUGGCCAGAAUGAGAGCAUAAUAAUACUCGUAACAGGUUGGUGGCUUACUUGAUAAUGAGAGGUUACAUAGUAGGGAAUGUAGGCCAUGAGGUCAAGUGAGACAAUUUGGUACCACUUACUAAAGGUGGUGUCAGCGUCUUGGUUGUCCCUGUGUCUUCACUUGUGGGAUUGUCCUUGACAAAGUUGAGAGCUGUUGAAGGAGAGAGUAGGGGAUUCUGGCCGAGAUGCUGCUCUCACAAUGCACUUGCGUACAGCCCAGAGAGUCUGUCUGCUCUAGAACAGCAGUUGCAAACCAGACCCUUGGAGCUGGCCACCUGAUUGGAGCAUAGAGAAAAUGGUGGAGGUGGGGCAGUGUUAGGAGAAGUAAGUCUGAGUUUGCAGUUUUUAUUCCUGGCCACUACCAGUUUUAUUCUCAGCCACUACCAGCCGCAGACAGCUCAGAAGGAUGGUUUUAAAGUCCUACUUACUUAGUGCACUGGUCACACCUUCUGUAUCCUGUUGUGGUGCAGGGGUGGGUGGGAACGCCUUUCUGUAGGGACAGGGCUUCCCUGUCUCUCUGUGAAAGUAUCCAAAUUAUUAAAAUAUUAUCUUUCA